CGCCCUGCUUAAGAUUUUUACGGAAGUUCACACCCUAGAAAUCUGCACAGAUUGGAUUUCUUAUCAAAAAGAUAAAAGUUCAACAAACAGGAUAAAGAUGUUAGCAGUGGUUUUGCUGUUUCUCAGUGGACUGGGACCAGUUACAGCAAUCAGACUGGAUGGAAACGGCUACACUGAUAUUCUGACCGUCAUCAGCCCCAGUGUGCCAGAGAACGAUGACAUUAUAAACCAAAUCAAGGGCAUGAUCAUCAGUGGAUCAGAAUAUCUGUUUGAAGCUUUAGACCACAAGCUGUACUUCAAGGAGGUGAAGAUAUUAGUACCACCAAACUGGACUACAGGAAAGUACGAGCGAGCAACAACAGAAACCUUCGACAAGGGCAGAAUAAGAAUUGAUGAUGCAAAUUCUGCAUUUGGUGAUGCACCAUACACUCACCAAGUCACAGGCUGUGGAACUGAGGCUGAAUACAUUCAUUUCACCCCAAAGUAUCUGUUAGACAAAAAUCUGUGCAAAAUUGUAUAUGGACAUAAAGGAAGAGUUUUUGUUCAUGAAUGGGCUCACCUCAGAUGGGGAGUAUUUGAUGAAUAUAAUAAUAAAGAGGCAUUUUACCUGUCUGCUGGUCAGAAUGAAUCAUUUGAAUCAACAAGGUGUAGUGAUAAGAUUUCAGGAAAGACAUUAGAAGUUAUUAAUAACACAACUCAACCUUGCCGGACUGAUGAAACUGGCCUUCCCACAUCCAGCUGUAAAUUCUAUCCAGAAAUAAACCAAAAUACAAAUGUCUCAAUAAUGUACUCGCCCAGCAUGAGUUCAGUAAAAGCAUUUUGUAACGAAGAGGAACAUAACGCUGAAGCCCCCAAUGAACAGAACUCAAAGUGUAAAAAAGCAACACGUACAGUGAUCUUUCAGGAAUCUGUAGACAAAGAUGCUCUUCGCAAUCUAAAGCCUCUUCCAUCUCCACCGCCAGCUCCAACAUUCAGAGUCCUACAGAGGGGGCGUCGGGCCGUCUGCCUCGUGCUUGAUGUCUCAGGAAGCAUGACGGGUUCAAGAAUAGUACAACAACGACAAUCUGCAUCAGUUUUUAUAAACCAGUGGAUACAAGAACAACAUUUUGUGGCUCUUGUGACGUUUAGCACCAAUGCUAAAGUACUCAGCACACUGACUUUAAUAGAUGGACAAGCCACAAGAGACAGACUAAAAAAUAUGUUGCCAACAACUGCAAAUGGAGAAACAUAUAUCUGUAAAGGACUCAGAGAAGCCUUAAAGGUUCUUCAAAAUGAUGACGAUCAAACAACUGGAGAUGAAAUAAUAUUUCUCACAGAUGGGGAAGCAACUGAUAAUGUUCAAGAGUGUUUACAGGAAGCUGUUCAAAGUGGUGCAAUCAUUCACACCAUAUCAUUUGGCCCAAAUGCAGACAGUGUACUGACGACCAUGGCAGAUCAAACAGGGGGAAAGUUUUUUGUAGUGCCAGAUUCUGAAUAUUCCCACAAGCUUGUGGAUGUCUUUUCCUCAAUGACAAUGUUUGAUGGAAAUCCCAUGACACAGCCCAUUCAGCUUGAAAGCACUGGAAAGGAAGUUGCAGGUUGGUUCAACGGAACAGUUACCAUUGACAGGACUGUAGGAAACCAAACCACCUUUACAGUCACUUAUGAAACUAGCGCACCCACUGUGUACUUACAGUCCCCUAAUGGUUCGGUUUACGACCAGAGAAUCACCUCCAACAUUGCCAACACCAUUACUCUUACAAUUCCAGGAACUGCAGAGACAGGUGAUUGGAAGUACAUGUUCUUCAGUGAAGGCACAGCUGCCCAGGCAAUUAGUUUAAUAGCAAUUAGUCAAGCAGCUCAUGAAGAUGUUUAUCCAGUCACAGUUACAAUUCGAACGAUCCAGCAGACCAGUGACGGCACCAAACCUUUGGUCGUGUUGGCUGAGGUCACUCAGAAUUAUAACCCUGUGCUGGGGACCAGCGUUUGGGCAACACUUGAGUCAGAUAAAGGACAAUCAGUCAGACUGCAGCUAUAUGAUAACGGAGCAGGAUCUGAUUAUUUUAAAGGGGAUGGCACCUAUUGCAGAUAUUUAACUAAAUUAUUACAAGGAAAAUACAGUCUAAAAGUGAGAGCAGAACAAAACCAGACAGAAGUCCAGCUUCCUCCCUACAGACACAGUGGUGCUCUCUACAUCCCUGGAUAUAUUGAUGAUGGAGAAGUGAAAUUAAACCCUCCUGAGCCACCUGUAAACCUGCAGCCAGUUGAUGUGGGCAGCUUCACCAGAACAGUAACUGGGCAGAGUUUUGUAGUGAAAAAUGAUAUUUCUAUAAACUUCCCUCCGAAUAAGAUCACAGAUCUGAUUGCAAAACUACAGGAGGACACCGUGCUCCUUAGCUGGACGGCUCCUGGUGGUGAUUAUGAUCUGGGAAGAGCCGAAUCUUAUGAAAUCAGGUGGAGUGAAGAUUUUAAGACGCUCCAAAACAGCUUCAGCAGCGCUAAUCUGGUCAACACUUCUGGACUCGUGCCUCAAGAGUUCGGCUCGGAUGAGAAACACACUUUCCAGCCCACUAUUACACUUCAACAUGGCACCACACUGUUCAUUGCUAUUCAGUCAGAGGACCAACAGGCUGCAAAGUCUGAGGUAUCCAACAUUGCUCAAGUAACCAAGUAUGUCCCAACUUCUAGACCCCCACCCACCUCAGAUCCAGGCCUGAACCUGACUGCUAUCCUCAUUUCACUCGGUGUACUGAUCAUCAUGGUGUGUCUUAUAGCUGUGGUCAUUAGAUGGGCACUAAAGCGGAGAAGAUAUAUUAUUAACAGAACAAGAACGUAUGGAAUGUCAUUAGUGUCAUAAACAGCAAUACAAGCCUAAAGAAUUAGAAUGCAUUGCUCAAAUCUGAUUUGUUUUUUCCACAUUUUUCCACAUGUUCUGGGACUAGUAUGAGAAGAUUACUUUUCCCUGAUAUAUGAUUGCCUUUAUAUUGUGAUAAAUACCAAUAAUAAAAACAUAAAAAUCUAAUUAUUUUAACUGAUCCAGUACAAGUGAGCCGAACGUCGAAAUUAAAAAUAUAUAUAUAUUUUUUGAUGAUCUGUGUCAACACAUCAGAUUCAGGACACAUUUAACUGCAGUAUGAACAGUGUGUGCAAAUAAGUAUGUUAAAGAUGUGUAGAAAAAUCAUCAUAUGUCCAUGUAAUGCUUUUAGAUCUGUAGUGAAACUGCUUCAUUUACUUAUCAAAGGAAUCACUUUACUGCUGCAAAUUUCUUACUUAUCUAAUGAUAGAGUUGCUCUGGGGAACUACAAUAUCAACCUUUCAGCUCUGUUUCUGUUUUGAGAUGCUGUGUCGGAGAGAAUUAUAUACCUUGAACUGGCCUAAAAGCAAUAUACUUAGCUUUAAUUUAGCAAUAUUCUGCCUAAAAGUAGUAUCUACCUAUCAAAAUUAUUUAGCUAUUAUUUUAAAAGCUGGCUUGCUUUAUUAUUAGUGUGCUAGUAUAAUAUUCACACUGAGACUGGACAUAGAAAAAGAGAAAACAUUAGAAGUUACAGCUGAGUGAGGUGCAUAUCUUGUCUACUACGUAAUCUUAAAUAAAGCUUUGCAGGCACUAAGAAAAAAAGGCAAUGAAAGGCUUAAAGGCUCAGGGCCCAAGAUAUGCACUAAGGCAAGGGGAAAACAGUGGGUGUGGAGCCAGGUUACUGUGAUAUGACAGUGGUGGGCUGUUAGGGCAGUGUGAUCUAGUCUAUGGUCACAACAGCAUUGGAACGCCAGCGAUGAAGCGGGGAGGAUAUGAGACAGCAUAAUUGCAAGGCUUACUUAAACAUAGCAGCGUGUCUAACCAUCUAACCUGGAUCAAGCAGAUAAGGAAAUGUCAAAAUAAUGUAGAAGAAGAGAUCAGGGUAUUUAAACAUUGUUGUGGAAGGCAGCAAGCGAGGCCAAGAUGAUCUGUGGGGAGCAGUGUGUGCGGUCGAAACGACCCGUAUGUAAAAUAUAAAAUGUGAAAUAUUCAAAAUAUUUUGAAAAUAUGCAAAUUAGAGACAAGGAGGCGCCAUGGGGCACCUGGGGUAUAAGUAGAGGGGAAUUUCUCGUGUUUUUUCAGACCAGCUGCUCUCUUCAGAAAUGCAUGUGAUUGACUGCAUGUCUGAAUAAAGAAACCUACUUCUUCUCAUCUGCUGCGUGAGAUCUCCGUUAUUUUGGCUAGGUAUUUGAUAGUUAAUUGAGCUCAUUGGGUAAGAUUAUGGACACAAUAGAAACUGACCCAAUCUAAAAUUCCACCCUGUGAUAUGUCCACUCGGAGGGGGCUCUGAGUUCCGACAGCUGUUUGGCUGUUUUGGUUUCAUGCUCUACAUUGCUUAAUUGAUCAUAUCUCAUGUAUUUGUGGUGCAAACAUCCACAUGCUCACAAA